AUGGAUAGGAGAAAUGACUACGGUUAUAGAAUGUCCCUGUUCCAGGGCCCUCUGACUCCCUCUGGGAGUCUGGGGCUUCCUUUUUCUCCAGACGUACGGGCUGAGGCCACAGAAGAGGACAGUAUCUUGCUGAUGCAUACCCUGUUGUCAGUAACCAAGGACCCUCUGACCAUAGACCCACCAGUUGCCAACAGGCCUAAGAAAAGCAAGACAAAGAAGGUCUCUAUCAAGGCUUUUACUGAGGCCAUACCUACUGUCCCUCUGGUCUCACCUGCCAAUGAGAUUGCUACCAACAAGUCCAAAGUAACUUUGCAGGCCUUAAACCUGCCAAUCAUCCCCCAUAUCACCCAGGCUUCAGUUACCACUGAGGCAGCCAAUACUUAGGCUUCUUCAGCCACUGCUCAGCCUAAAAAAGCCAACAAGACAAAGAGAAUUACUACUAAAGCAACCCAAUCCUCCCAAUCCCCAACUGGCAGUGAGGGUGUUAUUACACAGAUCAAGAUACCCUUGCAGGCCCUAAACCUACCAGCCAUCCCUCAGACUAUCCAGGCUCCAAUUGCCAAUGAGUUAGCCAAUUCCCAGGACUUGAUAGCUUCCACCAAACCUAAGAAAGCUUCCAAGGCUAAGGAGGCUGUUGAUAAGGCCACAGCUAGUGCCAGCAAGAUCUUACCAGCUCCAACUGCCACCCACACAGCUACCCCCCAAGGCCAAAAUGAGACAGCCUAUACCCUGGCUGCAACAACCUCUACCCAAACCAAGAAAGCCUCCAAAGCCAAGAAGGCAGCUGCUAAGUCCAUAAAUACUGACACUGAGCUCUUAGAGGCUCCAAAUGCUACUGAGGCAGUUACCAGGCAGAUUGAGGCCUCAGAAGAAGCUAUCUGGCCCAAAAAAUCCAAGAGCAGGAAGGCUUCCAAUAAGGACCCAAAUUCUGCUUCUGAGGACUCUGAGGUCCCAGCUACCUCUCUAAUGAUCACCAACCAAGCCCUAGCAACCACCCUCUGAGGCAAGAGAGGUUCCAGGGCUUGGAAGGUUGCUGCUAAAGCCCAGGCAGCUGAAAGCCAGAUGCAAAUUGCUGACCAAAAGGCCCAGACCAACAUCAGUGCCCUUAAAACCCAGGUUGCUACUGCUGUCCAAGCCCUGGCAAAUGACCACCUGGCUCAGUUGAGUCUGGUGCCCACAACCAGGACCCAGGGCAAGAGGAACCAAAAGUUCAAGCAUCUGAAUGGGGAUAAGAGAGGUGGCAAUAAUUAGAGGAUCACAUGGGGCCAGAGGCCUCCUCCACCCCAAGAUGUGGCCAUUUUGCAAGAAAGGGCAAAUAAGUUCGUGAAAUAUCUGCUGGUUAAGGACCAGGCAAAGAUCCCCAUCAAGCGUGCAGACAUACUGAAGGAUGUCAUCUGAGAAUAUGAUGAGUAUUUUCCAGAGAUCAUUGAACGAGCAAGUUACACUCUGGAGAAGAUGUUUCGAGCCAAUCUGAAGGAAAUUUAUAAGCAAAGUAGCUUGUAUAUUCUCAUCAGCACUCAGGAAUCCUCUGCAGGCAUAUCAGGAAAAACGGGGCCUAAAAAGCCCCUGGUCCAGCUCCUGCACCUGGUUGGAGCUCUGCACACAGUAGUGGUGCCCGAUUGUGACUGCUUGAAGGCUGUCAUCUAGGAGGUGCUACGCAAGUUAGGGCUGCACCCUGGGGUGAGGCACUCGCUCUUUGGGGAAGUGAGGACGCUCAUCACAGAUGAGUUUGUGAAGCAGAAUAUAAGAGUCCCCAACAGCAGACCACCUGAGUAUGAGUUCUUCUGGGGCUUGUGCUCCUACCAUGAGACUAACAAGAUGAAAGUCCUCGAGUUUGCAUGUGUGCAGAAGAAAGACCCCAAGGACUGGGCUGCUCAGUAUCAUGAGGCUGUGGAGAUGGAAGUUCAGGCUGCAGCUAUGGCUGAUGCUGAGGCUGAGGCCAGGGCUGAGGCAAGAGCCCAAAUGGGGAUUGGAGAGGAAGCUGUGGCUGGGCCCUGGAAUUGGGAUGAAAUGAUUAUUGACUGCUUAACAAGGGAAGAGUUAGGCAAUGAAGCUCAGGCCUGGAGCAGAUUCUCAUUUGCAAUUGAAGCCAGAGCCCAAGAAAAUGCAGAUGCCAGCACCAAUGUUGACUUUAGUGGAGGGGGUGGUACACCCAGCCACAGUGGUGGCUUUGGUGGUGGAGCUGGCAUUACCUUUGGUGGUGCACACAGCAUCAGCGCCAGUUUCAGUAGCACUGCCAGCAUUAGCUUUGGUGGCAUACCCAGCACUAGUGCUAGUUUUAGUGAUGGAGCCAGCGUUAGCUUUGGUGGUGUACCCAGUACCAGUACCAGCUUCAGUGGUGGAGCCAACUCUAGUUUCAGUGGCCCACUCAACACCAGUGCCAGUUUAAGUGGUGAAGCCAGCUCUGGCUUUGGAGGCACACUCAGCACAUCUGCUGGCUUCAGUGGUGUGCUUAGCACCAGCACCAGCUUCGGCAGUGCACCCAGCCCUAGUGCGGUCUUCAGUGGUAUAUUCAGCACCAACACUGGCUUUGGCAGAACACUCAGCACCAGUGUGUGCUCUGGUGGCUCUCCCAGCUCUGGUGCCAGCUUUGGUGGAACAUUCAGUACCAGUAUCUGCUUCAGUGGCUCUCCCAGCACCAGCACUGGUUUUGAUGGUAUACUCAGCACCAGUGUCUCCUUCAGUGGUUCUUCCAGCACCCAUGCUGACUUUGGUGGCACACUAAGCACCAGUAUCUGCUUCAGUGACUCUCCCAGCACUAGUGCCAGCUUUGGUGGGGCACUCAGCACCAAUGUUGGCUUUGGCGGUACACCCAACACCAUCAGCAGUGCACCCAGCACCAGUGCUGGCUUUGGUGGUGCAUUCAGCACCAGUGCUGGCUUCAGUGGAGCACUUAGCACCGCUGCUGACUUCGGUACUCCCAAAAACAACUUUGGCUUUGGUGGCGCUCCCAGUACCAGCCUCUGCUUUAGCAGUGCAUGUAGCACCAACCUAUGCUUUGGUAGCCCUUCUCUCACCAGUGCCUGCUUCAGUGGUGCUACCAGUGCUAGCCUUCGUGAUGGACCCAGCACCAGUGCUGGUUUCAGCUUUGGCAACAGGUUAAACACCAGCGCUGGCUUUAGUGGUGGUGGACUGAGCACCAGCGCUGGCUUUGGUGGCCGACUAGGCAUCAGCGCUAGCUUUGGUGGUGAACUGGCCACCAGUGAUGACUUUAGUGGUGGACUAGGCACUAAUUCUGGUUUUGGCAGCACACUUGGCACCAGUACUGGCUUUAGUGGUGGUCUCAGCACCAGCGAUGGCUUUGGUUGUGGUUUCAACACCAGUACUGGAUUUACUGGUGAACCCAGCACCAGCUUCGGUGCCAAUUUUAUUGUUGGCUUUGGCAGUGGACCAAACACUGGUGCUGUCUUUGGUGGUGGACCAAGCAUUGGUACUGGCUUCAGCAGUGGACCAAGAAGCAGCGCUGGCUUUGAUGGUGGAGCCACCAGCCUUGGUGCCUGUGGCUUCUCCUAUGGCUAG